ACUGAAAAAAAAAAAGUAAAGUGGGAAUUCAUCCGAAAGAUUACACGAUCCAUUAACAGAUAACAAAUAUACCAAAAAAAGAAAAGAAAAAAAAAGAGAAAAAGAACACGUGGAGUAAUAAGUUCGACGACUCCGUAUUGACUGUCUUCAUUGAGCUUCCAACUUUUAAGUUCAAUGUACAAUUGUACACGGUAUCCGGCUUUGUAAGCCAGAGUGUAAGCAAAGUGAUAGUCGCUUUGUACAGCUGGUCGUUAAACGUCGUCGCGCUCGUGGGAGUCGGAUAAGGAGAGUAGUACGGUCAGUGUAAACAGCAGCCGGCAGAGGCGUGAAAGAAAGAGAAAGAGGUGUUCUUCGGUGGCGGAGGGUUGCUGCAGAUCUUUACGCAAAAACCGUGGGCGUGCGAGUCAAUUUCGCUUUUCUACGUCGUGUGUGACAGACAGACAGAUUUAAACGGGAUCACUGACGGACCCCGGCUGGCGGGGGUUAACAUCAUCGGGACGGCAGAUGUCAGGAUGCCGGAGCAGAGCAACGAUUAUCGCGUGGUUGUGUUUGGGGCGGGCGGUGUCGGCAAGAGCUCUCUCGUGCUGCGUUUCGUGAAAGGAACGUUUCGUGAGUCCUAUAUACCCACUAUCGAGGACACGUACAGACAGGUGAUAAGCUGCAAUAAAAACAUAUGCACGCUUCAAAUUACGGACACAACGGGGUCUCAUCAGUUUCCCGCGAUGCAGCGGCUCUCCAUAAGCAAAGGUCACGCCUUCAUCCUGGUGUACUCGGUGUGCUCACGGCAAAGCCUCGAGGAGCUACGACCCAUUUGGGCUAUCAUUAGGGAACUUAAGGGGCAGGAUAUAUCGCAGAUACCUAUAAUGCUGGUUGGGAACAAAUGCGACGAGAGCCCAUCGGUGCGCGAGGUAUCGAUGAGCGAAGGCGCCGCGGAAGCGGCCAACUGGGGCUGCGGCUUCCUGGAGACGUCCGCCAAGACGAAUCACAACGUGAACGCGUUGUUCCGGGACCUGCUGAUGCUCGAGAAAAACAGAUCGGUAUCGUUGCAGCCUGUGCAGAGCAACAACGCCAUCAGUCUAAAGGAGAAAUGCUCCAUGAUGUAACCGAGUGGAACGUAAAAACGCAGACAGAGUUAAAGGAAGAGCAUCGAGGAGUUGCAUCGUGUACGAAGACGAAGACGAAGACGAGAAGAAACUGGAAGAAGCAGCUUAUUCGGCGGUUUUUCAAUCCGAAAACGUGGCGUCGGCCACGGUAGUCUCGACACGACCAAUAGUUAGCGUAGGUUAGAUAUUACGCGAACGAAAGGGACGAUAAAUAUUGGCGAGAGCAUGUGUCGUACAGGGUGUAUCUAAUGCUCUUUGUUCAUUACAAGAAAUUACUAUUCUCGCGCCGGUAAACAAUUCUCCGGGGUGUUCUUUUCUGUCAUUUUUUUUUAGAUCGAUUUUUUUUCUUUUUUUUCUAGAUGUACGCAUUGCGUUCGACGUGUAACGUGCCGAUUGUUACGACGCGCGUCGAUUCAGAGCAUUAGGGCCGCUUUGUAGUCUCUUUCUAACCAAAAUCGUAUUCUCAUCUAUACUAUCAAUAGAUUUUUUAAUUUUGAUACAGAGCGACGUAACUCGGUCCGUCUCCUAGGUUUCACAAGACCAACGACGCGUACGCGUUCUUCAUUCUGUACCAGUCGGCUCGUUAACCGAUCAUUUUCUGACCAUUCCACUCGAGCUUAUACUAUACAAGAAGGGACACGAUCGUUCUGGCCGACGACAGCCGAUUCAGACCAAGAGCCGAUUUAACGAAAAAAAAAAAAAAAAAAAAAAACGAUCGUCCUUUUCGUGUCCAGUGGAAAACAAAGCGAAUUUUCCUUGAAAGAGCAGCCAGUACAAAGCUUGUAGUCUCGACUACGUUAUUCGAGGCUACGCGUAUCGAUGCACACCACGAGAUAUACCGAACACGUUCGACGAUCCAACGCGUAAAGAAUCCGACGCUCUUUCACGAAAAUCAUUCACGAACCGUUGUCCGAGACUACUACUACGCGAUGAUCAAUUUCUCAAUCCGCGGAUGGAGCAUAGGGACGAAACACAGAAACGACAAAAUUAGAUAAAAAGUUGUUACAAGAUUGGUUUUUGUUGAAUAGUUGUAAGGUUUUUGUAACGAUGCUAAUUAGGAUUUAUUACUCGACACUCGUUGAUUGAUACAAUGACAUGUACCUACGUACACUUACAUGUACACACACGUGUUCCAACAACACACAGGAAGGCUUGCAUAUUGUUACACGUACAAGCAUACAUACACACACAUACAUACACAAAACAAACAAACGCACAUACAGAUUCAUUAGGCACCACCCGUUUCCCGCGUUGACCCAGAUUUUAGUGUUUUCCCCCUUGUAUGUCGUACACACAGAUGUAGGCGCGUUAGUGUUGCGAGAAGACGCUAAUUAAAGGGACUCGCCGCGAAGGGCUCGUUUGUUCCUCAACUCGAGUUUCGUUCAUCUUGCUACUACUUGCUCGCGUUUAUUGUUGCAAGCGGGGUUCUCCUGGACCGAGUUUGGGCGAAUUUUUCCACUAUUGAUAUCUCUGCUCUUUUAAUAUUACUUUGUCGUUGAUAAACGAACAGAAGGAAAGAGAUAUACAUACAUACAUAAAUAUACAUAUAUAUAUAUUUCUGGAAUGAAAUUCCUUUGCAAGUUAAGCUUGAAAACUUUGCUCAAACUGUUGUCCACCUCGACAUUGUUAGAGCGACCGGUUGCUAUAAUUUCCUUUGUAUUUAGCUGUUAACGUCGAUAACGUCUCUGUGUCGGGGCCCAUUUUCAUUUACUUUAAGAAACGCAAUGGAGGUACGAGUGGAUGAAAACAAAUUAGUUUGUAACUUGGCCCAAUAGACUAUCUGUGUUGCUCGUUUUCCAGCGGACAUUUCAACGAAUUACGCUUCCAGCCAUUUUGUACGCGGUCCCCAUCUACUCGUGCCGAUGUUCAACCCCAUCGUACCCCCAUCGUUAGCUUUAAGAAACGAACGUUGUAACCCUGUCUAAUCACGGGAUGGGCGUACGUUGUCCCGUUGCCGAUAUUACGAUAGACAAACGAUCAGUGUCAUUACUACGAUCAUUAUUAUUAUUGUCGAAAUCGCGGAUCGCUGAACGGUUGUUUCACAAAUGGAUCACACAUAUCCUGUAUUGUAAUUGUCAGCAUACGAGGAGAUACGCGCGUGCACUGGACGCAUCGUUCCUUGAGCCUCGUAUUAUCGUUUGAAUCGAAUUUAAUAGGCAGACUGCAGUUUUCAUACUUUUAUGAAUUUUUGUGAAACAAUUAUGGAAACAUGGAAUAAUGUAUUAUUUUAUUUUACAUAUUUAAUUUCAAAUUUCUUGGUAUAAUUUGGAAUUAACGACUGGAAAAGCUGUUGGCCAACUACACAAACAACGAAACUGUUUCUUUCGAUUGUUGCGAAGGUUGUCAAAGGUCCGUUGUCGAUGUAAUGGUCAGCGUUGCAUCAAUUUCUCGGCGACACGAUGCACAAACGCCACACAUGCAUACCGUGCACUCGCGUAUCUGUGCAUGAGUCUAUGUACAUACACGUAUUUACUGUUAUAUUUAGACGCAAGGUUAAAAAGUGUCUAGUCAAAGGCGAUUCUGACCUUAUGAAAUCGACCCUCAGUACGCUGAAAGAGAGAGAAAGAGAGGGAGAGAGUGAGAAAGGGUGGCAAGUUAGGGUUGGGAGGACGGGAGGGAAAACGAGGAAAACACACAGCAACACACAGACGCGCAACACACACAAAUAUAUACACACACGCGAAAUUAGAAAUCGAUAAAUCGUAUUCUAUGAUUUUUUCGGGGCCAAUCGGUGUGAUUUAUAUAAAUUGUGACCUUCUUCUGCGUGAUCGGUAGGUAGAUCUCUAUUGUUUUCGACGACAAUUUCCGCGACAAUUCCACACGUGCAACAACUAAUUUGGACCUUCUUUCCGAACUCACGUCGGCUGAUCUUUCAAUCACGAUUUUUGACGAUUUUUAUCUCACCGGCGUUAAGGGGGGUGGGAAGGGGGAAAAAAGAAUUUCGAUUUUCUAUCUACACCGGAGGAUCGGUGAUCCCUUUUUUUACAAAAUCUUGGUAUCCGAAUUUUUAAUCCAUCACCGAAAAGAAUCUCGCAUCGAUGAACUUGAAUUGUGACUCCUCGAGAGGGACUGAUUUUGAACACUUUCCAAAAGCGGCGAAGGGUUCGAUCCGCGCGAAGCGAAGCCGCGUACUUCGUCUUUCGUUCAAGGAGCGUGCGCGUUCGCCGCGCGUGCGCCGUAGAUCGCGCGCUUUUUUUUUUUUUUCGAACUUGGAGAGAAAGUCUUUUUUUUCGACUUUGCGUUCGCACGGGCGAAACGAGAGUCAACAUGCAUCGAGAGCAUCAAUUUUUUUACCGUGUUGUAAUUUGCCCGGAGCACGCACGACCAACGACGAACGAAGGCACGAUGGAUCUCUGGACGGACGAUAUUACGUUUUUAUUUUUUAUCGCGCGAAUGUACAUAUGAUACAUACCUUGCUAUGGUCGAGGCGAUUAUUCGAAGACGAAAGUUAGGAGAAAAUGGUUGAAGCGUUAAGGGAAUGUAGGCAACGUUUCUGCCAGGAGUAUUCAUUAUAGAAACUUAUCAUAGAUUACAGAUUACUGUAAAGUAACAAAGAAACUGCUAGGUUUCAGAAAUGAUUAGGAACGCUUGAUUCUUGAAUCUUUCUAUGAAAAAAAAAAAAAAAAAAAGAAAAAAAAAGAAAUAGGAAAUAUACGGAGGUAACAAUAAUGCAAAUUAAUAGGCGCACUAUUAAUGAGAGUAUAUAAGUGGGAUGUAUCGUUAACAUUAAAGAUAUAUUUACGUAAACGUGUAAAAAUCUAGAUAGCGGUAACAGUAAGCAGCUCACAAUUUCACGACGAGUUUGUAUUCUGUGUAACGGCACGGUGAUCAAACUGCUUGCUUUCGUAUACGAAUGGGCUCGAGUCCCAGAUACAACACGUCUCGAGAUAGAAACUGUUUCUAUCCGAUUUUUUCUUCGUCGUCGUUCCCAUAGAUUUUUAAUUCCCGUGGACUUCUAUCAUAGAGCAUCUGAGAUUGUUGCGUAAUCGGCUCUGUCAAUUCGAAAUAAUAAUCGUCGACGGAGUUUUGAAAAGUUGAGAGGCGGAUCGGAUGAGAAAAAUCGUCUUCGAAUAACAAGUUCUAUGAUGAGGAAUUAAAAAAAAAAAAAAAGAAAAAAAAAGAAGAAGGAGGAAAGGAGAAAG